UCUUACAGAGAUCAUAUUCUCUUCAAAAUACCAAGUCUGAAGACAAGUGUUGCUUCUUUCAUUACUUGCUGAAAUUCUACCUGAUGCAUGUCUUCAAUCAAUGCAGGGAAGAAAGCAACAUUCAUCAAAGGACGGUCAGCCGCAUUGCCAACAACUUCCUUAGCAUCAAGAAGGAACUGACUCUUUGUGACACUGUCACAACAUGCCCCUGUUGGAACGAAGCCAAUCAUAGACAUGAACAAAUCCUGAAUCAGUUUCGGCAGAUGGACUCUCACUCUGCAGCACUGAAAGCCCUUGGGGAGCUUGACAUCCUAUUGGACUGGAUUGACAAGACUGACUAGAGAAGAACUAAGCAUAAAAGUGGGCCAUGCAGCAGAGCUGAGAUGAAUUUAACCCUGUGAACCCUGGGGGGAGGGGAAAUAAUCUGCUAACACUGGUAUCAAAUAUCUGCCAAAUAGUCAUUAUCUGAUACAUGGUGUUGAUAGUAGACAUCUGACAAUAUUUAUUAUAUCCAAUUAUUUAUGGGUUAGACCAAAAGGUGUCUAAAGGUACAAACCUAUGUAUGUUUAGAGAGAG